AUGGCAACGAAGAAAGCCAGAGGCUGCCUCAAAGGCGUUGGCAACAGGCCCCCGCACGUUUCCGAGCGGCCACUCCACGUUCCUGCUGAGAGUUCGGCCUCCCCCACAUUUUCGGUCCGUUCUCCGGAAAUGCUCGAGGAACGCAACCAGUGGUAUCCCAAGCUUCCAGGCAUUGGUGGAAACAAGAGAUAG